AUGCCAAAACCAGGACGGAAACGCACGCGGAGCCAGGCACACGGCGGUCUAGAUGGGACGGGCGACGAUGACAGCAACAGUGCGGACAUGACGGAUGUGCGACUAGGAGAUGACGAAGGCCAGGACAAUGCACGGCGACAAGCACAUUGGGAUCUUCCGGCGGGAUACGACGACCGAAACCGAGCAUUUCUGCAGGCGUUCAUGGCCCGCGGGGCGCUGAGCUUCAAGCAGGUGCAACAUCUGCUAGCAGGGAUUUUCAACGCUGAGCGCAAGCGACAGCAGAAUGGACGGGAAGAAGCUGGAGACGAGGGGCUGCUGCAGGCAGACGAGAUCAAUCUGGACGACAUGCGGGAGUUUGUGAGCAAGGCCCAACAGGCGCUGGCGCCGCUGGACUUUGACAUCCGGAGCGCGGUGGACCAGGUGCGCAACGAGCGGCUGUGGGCGCUGGUCAGCACGGACAGGGAUCCAAAGUCGCAUCUGGCGGUGUUGCUGACGCCGCGCAAGCUGGCGUUUGUGCACCGGCUGCUGGCGGCGAUGUUUGACACGUACAACACGCCGCGGCUGGAGGCCAUGUGCAUGACGGAGCAGCAGGCGCUGAAGCUGUCGCGGCCGCCGCGGACGACGUCCCGGGCGAGCGAGGUCGGCGCUGGCGACGGGGGGGGAACACAGGCGGCGGCCAACCGCGACAAGGGCCUGAAGCACUCGGUGGUGCUGUCGCUGCUGCAGUCGCUGGUCCGGCAGGGCUGGCUCGACAAGAGCGCGAGCGGGUUCUACGCGCCGACGACGCGGGCGCUACUGGAGCUGGAGCCGUUCCUGGUCGAAGCCUUCAACGAUGAAGGGGGCGGCACAGACGCCUGGCAGCGCAUCAAGUACUGUGCAGCCUGCCGAGACGUGGUGACGAUCGGGCUGCGCUGUGCUCAGACGACGUGCACGCUGCGGCUGCACGACCACUGCGAGACAGCCUUUUGGCGCACACAGGCCGGUGCAGCCGGCGGCAACCGCACAUGUCCGCGCUGCCAGACGGCGUGGACCGGAGGAUCAGCCGCAGCGGACGCGCAGAGCUAUGUGGGCGAGCGGGCGAUCACGCUGACCGACGUCUACAAGCGGCGCAAGCGACAGGGCCGGCCAAGCGAGGGCGUCGAUGAGCUCAUGCGCACGGUGCUGCCGCGGACGGUGCCAGCAGCCGUCAUGUCGUUCCGGGCAGGACAGGCGUCGCAGGCGGAUGAUGGCGAAGACGACGAAGACGAAGAGGGCUAG